GCGCUUCCUUCUAGAGAAGCAAACGACACUUCACCACACAUUUUUAGGAGCUCACUCGACAGGCAAGAGAUUUGAGAUGGAGGAAAACCAUUUAACGAAUGACAUUUAACGACGGCUACUGAGUUUAUUGGGCGCGGGAGGUGUCAAUAAAUAACUCCGUAUAACGGGGCAAUCGACUGCUGCUCAACAGCGGACCUAAAACCCGCGUGCAAUUUCCGCUGGCAUUGUCGACGAGAAGGAUGACCUCAAUACAGCGACAAUUGAAUCACCUUUUCAUGUUUUGGAAGUGGAAGAGGAGAGUGGACGUUUGUCUUUAUCCUGGUGCUGGAUUUUUUUGCAGGAAAGUCUCCUCCACUGCAGUAGAACCAGAUGCGACUGAAAUCCACAAGAGCAAGCUGUUCCUAUGGUUCAGCCAUCUUCCCCAGGAAGAGAAGCAGUUUGGAGGCUACUUUAGCCCAGAGACAAUGCACGUGGAUCCACUGAUCCUUGAGCGAAAGCCAGAGGAAAAAGCAGGACUCCUCAUCUCUCCACUGAAAAUCCAGGCUUCCUCCAGCCAUUCUGUGACUGUAGAGCAACUUUUGGAAAUGAAUGAAGACCGGCGCGAGGAUCGAGGACUCAAUGUGCUGCUGUAUGGGGCAGUUGGAACAGGUAAAAGCACAAUUGUCCGAAAGCUUGUGCUGGAUUGGUGUGCUGGGACCACGCUGACUGACUUCAAACUGCUGAUUCCCUUUUCCUGUGAGGAUCUUGGCGAGCUAACUAAGGUUGCAUCUUUGAGAGACCUGGUCAGUAGGAAGUACCUCCACUUGAAAAAAAACCCUCUACUUAGUGGCGAGGGAAACCAGGCUAAAGAUGUUCUCUUCUUAUUCAACGGAAUGGAAAAGAUGAAACUUGACUUCCGAAUUGGAUCCACAGAGCUUUGCAGUGACCCAAAUGAGCCGCUGCCCGCUGGUGCAGUGGUGGUCAACCUUCUCCGCAAGUACCUUCUCCCUGAGGCGAAUGUUUUAGUGACUACCAGACUGUCUGCCUUGGAUCGCAUCCCUCCGAAAUAUGUGAGUCGCUAUGCACAGAUUUGUGGCUUCAACGACCCAAACCGUCAGCGUGCCUACUUCACCAGCCGCCUCCUACAGCAGAGUGGGGAAAUUGUGCCGGCACGAGACGCUCAGGCUCUUAUAGAGCUACUUUACCUCAACCUCCAGAGGGAAAGCCAGCUGGCCGCAGCCUGCUUCUUGCCUUCUUACUGCUGGCUCACGUGCGCCACUUUGCACUUCCUGCAUUUCACUGACGCCACUGCACCCAUCCGCACGCUGACUGGCAUAUACACAAGUUUCCUCAGGCUCAACUUUGGUGGGGAGGUGCUGGGCAAAGCUACUGCGGCAAGUGGACCCAGUCAGGAUCUACAAAGUUCUUUGAUGUUGUAUGUUGUCCGCACAGUUGGCAAACUGGCCUAUGAAGGCGUUACUUACAAACGCACCUCAUUCUCAGAGGAGGAGCUGGAGCAGUGGAUCGGAGGAAAGACCAAGACGGAUGAGGAGUUACGUCAGCUGGCUGUUUUCAGAACUGAUGUGCUCGACUUUUUUCUGGCUCCCUGUGUUGAAAGCUGCAAGCAUUUACCCACAGAGCUCUGUGAGCAUGAUGAGAGGCGUUAUGUAUUUGCUGUUCCAGCCAUGCAGGAGUACCUGGCAGCACUUUACGUGGUUCUAGGGGAGAAUAAAUCAGCGCUGGAGAAGCUGACCAAACAGGUGUCUGUAGCCAUCGGUCAGGCAACUGAAGACGUUAGUGCCAUUGUCAAUAUAUUUUCUAAGUUCAUCCCACUCAGAAUCUUUGCAGUCUUCAACUUACUCAAGCUUUUUCCAAAGCUUUAUGACAAAAUUAGUACUCGAAACAAGGGCAACAUUGCGAGGACAAUGGCUGCUGAGCUCUUCCGCAAGGAAGAUAGCUACAAUGAGGACGUUCUGGAUCAGGUAGAGCAAAGCCUCUUGGGAGUACAUGGUCCACCUUCAAAACAACAGAGUGAGAGUCAGCCUUUUGAACUUUACCCCAUCUUCAUGGGUGGACUCUUGCAUUAUGGCAACCGAGUCCUCCUUCAGCAACUUGGGUGCAGCAUCCAGAGUGCCACUGUGGCUCAGAUCACACGAGCUCUUCGGAAAUACCUUGUAAGAGAAAUCAACAAGCCACAACCACCAGAGGAGUUGAUGGAUCUGUUGGUCCUUCUGUACGAGUUUCAAAAUCCCAGACUAACUGCAGAGGUCCUGGCCUCAAUUAGAAGCAUUCGCCUCCACAACAUACGCAUGACCUCACUCAAAUGCUUUGUGUUGAGUUCCGUGCUCUCUUGCGCCCCACCAAGUUAUCAACUGGAAGAGUUGGACCUCUCCUCCUGUCUCCUAACCCGGGACAUGCUUCACACGCUAUCCCCUGCCUUUAGACACACUCGGAACCUCAAUCUGCAGUUUAAUAGCCUUGGCCCAGACUCCUGCAUCUUCCUGCGAGAUCUGCUACUGGACUCCAAAAGUUGUGUUAGAGUGCUACAACUGUGUGAUAACCCACUGCUAGACUCUGGAGCCUGCCUUCUUCUGGAGGCCCUUCCAGAGAACCAGUCCCUGAGGAAUCUAUCCCUGAUGCACACCGGGCUAGGGGACCAAGGGGCCAUCGAGCUGGCUGAAAGACUUCAGCAGCACUCUGGACUCCAGGAGCUCAAUGUUGCCUACAACAACAUCGGUGACAAUGCAGCUCUGGCCCUUGUGGAUGUGUGCAGGGAACAUCCCAGCAUUCACACUGUGCAUUUGUACCUAAACCCUCUGAGUGAUGUUGGCAAGCAGUCCCUGUAUGUCCGAGGUAUUCCCAAGAGCCUGAACGGCAGUGGGCGACGAGUCAGAGUUCUGGCCGCUGUCACUGAGGGUUCUGACCUGUCAGAGGACUGGCACCCCAUUCUCAGUGUGAUUCGUGAGAAUGCGUCUUCCUGGGACAGGGACCGAGUGAUGCAGCAGCUUAAGGUGUUCUUAAGAGAUCUGGAAUGGGGACGUCAACAGCAGCAGAGCCUCUGGAAAAAGCUUCACUUCCGAAGGGUGGAGAAAGGCAUCCGUCACACGCUACACAUGCUGGAGAAAGACACGGCACCUCCAUCUGCAUGAGCCAAUAACUGGAAUUCUCUCAAUAAUACUAGUUCUUAACAUUAAUUAUUCAUUUUGAAAGCCACCAUUCGGUGUGGUCCUCCACAUGGGUGUUCGUGUCAUUACACAAACACCCAUUUGGAGGAAAAACAAUUAGCAGACAUUCUCUGUAUAUCACAGCCGAGGGUUGCCUCUUCAUAAGAUGAACAUAUUUCAUAAGAUGAGCAAUAUGUCUAAAAGAAAUACAUUACAGGAAAAACAAUCAAAGGAAAAAUAUUUCUGAAAAUCCCAACUCUUAUACUUAAAGUAUAUUUCAGUAGGCGUUUUUGCUUUUUUCUUAAGAGUAAUUUAACAUGCAUGAACACAUGCACAGGUUGAGAGUCUUGAAGUGGAUUUAAUAAAUGAUUUGCAUUUCAUUCUUUAUAAAAGAUCAAAAAUACUGUAUAGAAUAAGCAGCUCAAAGCUGGCUAAUUGUUUAGCACUUUUGUCGGUUGAAGCGGGUUCGUACAGUAUAUCAGUAAGAAUGUGUUUAAUGCGCGUGACAGCUGCAGGGAGUCUGCUGUGCGUUGGAAAAGAAAUGAAACAUUUGGCCACAGAAAAAAAAAAAGAUUUCUAUGGUAUGAUGCAGUGUACAGGGCAGGGUAGCAUAUCGAAACAAAAAAACACAAAGCUACGUUUUUACUGUUA